UCUAGAAAAAUGCCAGAAUGGCAGAAAUUGCAUCACCUUUUCUCUGACAAUUGGGAUUCGACUCUCAUUCAGGCAAUAAACUCGGGUGAACUUGCAGAGUGCAGACCAAGCAACCAAUACUCCAUACUCCACACCCAUUGUUUAUACACUUUGACGGGAUAGCUCCGCCGACUAAGAAACUUUCAUUUAAUUUGAUUCUUCAUCGGUUUCAUAAAUCUGUUAGUUUAUUGAUUUUAAUCGGCUGACAGCAGCAGUACACAGUACUAAAGUGGUAGUUGCUUCUUUUUGUAUUUCUUUGAUUGCUCGUUUCCUCUUCCCAAAGCUUUGGGAUGGGCUGCCGGAAGGUCGCCGCCGGUUCUUCUACCAUCUCCGCUGAAUCCAGCUUCCGCGAGCUCGACGAUGUCUUCUUACAGGUCAAACUUGUUUCUCGCCAUCGCCAUCGGUAUAUGUAUAUAUUUCCUGUAGCUAUCUUUUUAUCUAACAGUAAUGAGUUGAGCGUUGUUCGCCAGAAACUUGCAAAUAUGGAUUCUUCAAUGCUGUAUAUAAGGUUUGAGGUCUCUAAAGUAGUAUGGAAUAUGUUGUUGGCAAAGUGUCCAGAGCUUAGACGUUUAAAGUAUAAACCACUUGAUUCCCGGAAAAGCAUUGGGAGAUACAGGCCUUAUUCUAAUGUUGACUCUUUUCUAAAGAUCUGCAAAAUUUUGGGAUUGAAUGGUAUUGAUCUCUUCUCCCCAUCAGAUGUCGUUGAAAAAAGAAAUGUUCGGAAAGUGUGCAUUUGCAUAAGGGCACUAUCAACAAAAGCCAGAUCAAAACAUUUAAAGGUCCCAGACUUUGAUAUGGUAACAUACACUGUAGCCAUGCCAAAAGAUAUGGUGGGGGGCAUUAGAAGAAGCUUGGAGACAUCGCAAUGUAGCUUUUCAAGUUCAUCCAGUUACAGCUCAUAUAAAGAUCAAAGACAGAAAGUUAGGCAGAAAAAUUUAACCGAAGCAGGUGAUAAAAACUAUGAUUCUUGUUCAGAAGAAUCUGAUGAAGCAGAAAGCAAGUAUAUGGGAGAAGAGUCUUAUUGCUCGUCUACAAACAAUAAUAAAUAUACCGCUCCUCUGAAUUCAGAGUGUGAGAAUUCCCCUGAAGUGUGUAUGGAUGUUACAAAGAGCAGCAUGAAGCAGAGUUUGUUGCACUCUGAUAUCCAUGAUCAGCACAUUUAUGAUAAUGGGUUCAACCAUCACCAGUCACAGGAUGAAGUUUCGUCUUCUUGCGUCAAGUCUCAAAGAAAAUUACAUCAAAGUGAUGAUUUAAGGCGUCCUCUUGACAAUGGCAUAAUGCAUUUCGACCAUGUUGACCCUAAUAUGGGGAAUUGUGCAUCAGUCCAGGAUUCUAUAUAUGACUAUGAAGCUGAAGGAGAUUAUAUCUCUGAUUAUCUAGCAUUUUCAGAUUCAGUUAUUGGUGGAGCUGAUGGCAAUAGCCCUGUUUUACUGGAAGGGGAAGAUAAUAUUUUUAACUUUUUUAUGGGCGUUGAUUCUCAUUGGUCAAGGUCAAGUCGUUAUUCAGUGGAUGGAUGUGGAAAUAAAUUCUCUGAUGAUAUUGAAGAUCUGGAAGUAUCAUCCACAGCUAGCAUGAGCUCUUUAUUAGGUCGGGCACUUAAUUUGGAAUUCGAUGACCACUUUGACAUAGAUGCCCACAAUGCAUUGCUGGAUAAUGAGGGCUGUACCCAGGACAGAGGUUUAUUAAAAACUCCUAAAGCUCGGGAUGUUGCUGAUGAUGGAUGUCUGUUGCCUGAUGAAAAUGGAUCUCAAUGUCACGAUGAAUUUAAAUCAGCGUCAAAGGAGUGUCUUAGAGAUCCACCCGGUGCCUUGUUUCUCACAGGCAAUAAUAAAAGUGAAGAUGACAACAAUGCAGAUCCUGGCACCGAACUUGGAAUAAAUCAUAGAUUGCACAAUAGUUAUUCAGGUGAGUUAAAGGACGGAUGCGUUAGUAGUUUGCAGUCAAAGAUUCAAAUGAGGCAAGUGGCCCUCUUUACACCGUCUGCUAUCAGAUUAUUAGAUGAGUCUAGUGUCAAUCAGAACUUGGUUGCUCAUCCAAAUUCUUAUGAAGCUCUAGAAGAAAAGCAUCCUUACAUUCCAGUCAAAGAUUCAAAUGAGUUUGACACAAAGCAUAGAGACAUGGAUUUUCUGGCAGAAAAUGUUCCAAAUGGGAAUGACAAGACAGAUGUUGAAGCUUCCAAGGACAAAGUGCACCGAAGGCCAUUUCUGCAUACAGUUGCAAAAGGCACCGCAAUUUUUGGCAUGAUGUUUCUGGUGCUUCAUCUCAGUAGAAGGGACCGAGAGAAAAGCAGUGAUGCAAACAAGAAACUGCCUCAAACUAAGAAGUUUAAAGGCAAGGAUAUCUCUUACAGGGAAGGACAAAAUAGAGGUAGAGAUAGGAUUUAUCCUGCAGAAAAGCUGAAGUUCAAGAACUAGUAUGCAUAUAUAUAUAUAUAUAUAUAUAUAUUCUUGGUGCUGAGCAUCUGAGCUGCAUUCACUUUGAUAGUUUCUACUCCCUUUACUUUAGUGUUAUUGUACGUACACACAUGCAUGCUUCUAGAUUUUAUAAGUUCUGUUAUCCUCCUUGAGAUAUCAAAUUUUAAGUUUUUUGCUCAGGGAAAAACAGAAACAUUAUGUUGUUAGAGCUAGUUACUACUUGAAUGUAUAAUGGUUUACAUUACAAGCAAGCUUCCGUCAAUGAUAAAUUUUCUUAUACGAUUA